AUGUCAAGUAAAACUUUAUUACAAGUUCUGUGUGUGGCAGAAGCAGCCGGAGAGCUGAAUAGUCUCGCUUCACCAGAACGAAGAUACUGGGUCCAUCCAAUGAACUCCGACCGUGAAAAAAAAAAAAAAUUUACAGCUUUUUAUGAAAAUAUUCGCAAACAUCCUGAAAAAUUUUACGAGUAUUUUCGGAUGUCCUUAAAAUCUUUUGAUGAACUUUUAACAAGACUUCGAGUACAUUUGACAAAAGAGAAUACCAAUACGCGUAAUGCAAUAAGUGCGGAAGAAAGACUGACUGUGACUCUGAGGUAA